AGAAGAGAAAAUUGAGGGGAGAAGGAACUCGCCCCUGAGGGAGUGUUGGGGUGAACAUACUUGGGACUAGACCUCUUUUCAAAAUGUCAGGCUUUUGCAUUUUGUCCAGUUCCUCUUCACCUGGUUUCUCUUUCGGGGGCGGGCUAAGCCCUCCCGCAGCCUCAUUUCAUUGCGGGGUUCUCUCAGGCCCAGGUGAAGCUCAGAUUCUUCUAUUUCCAGCCCCGGGCUCUUGCCCUGUGGCUGCUCCUUUUUUAUGUAUGUGUGUGUGUGUUUAUUUUAUUUUAUUAAAUGAGUUUUUAAUUAGAAAUGCCAUCACAAAGUGAAGAUGCCUGGCCACUUUGUCGACUGCGCAAAAUCUUUACCACUCUUGGCCCCUUUUGUUUCAAAAAACCCAGAGUCUUAGAACAAUGAUCUUCCUAGCUCCUCCUAGUUCCUAAAUGUGGAAUCUUUCACUUAAGGAAUCUUAAGUGAAAAGAGGGAGGGGAGGAGGGGACAGGAAACCUGUAAUCCUUGGUGCUGCUCCAACAAUGAAAUGACAUUUGAUUCUUCCAUUUUCUUAGCAGACAUGGCCACUUAUCACCAAGAAGGGCAGAUGCAGCUGCCCCGAGCUGAUGCCAUUCGUUCACGUCUCAUCGAUACUUUCUCUCUCAUCGAGCAUUUGCAAGGCUUGAGCCAAGCUGUGCCGCGGCACACUGUCAGGGAGUUACUUGAUCCCUCUCGCCAGAAGAAACUUAUGUGGGAAGAUCAACAACAGCUAGUGCGCUUCUCAGUAAAGCCUCAACAUACAGGACAGAUUUCACAAGCCCAGAGGCUACUGAGCAAGCUUCAUAUUCGCUGUAGUCAGAGGCCACCUCUUUCUUUGUGGGCCGGAUGGGUCCUUGAGUGUCCUCUUUUCACAAACUUCAUCAUCUUCCUCAUCAUCUUGAAUACAAUCGUAUUGAUGGUUGAAAUAGAAUUGCUGGAAUCCACAAAUACAAAACUGUGGCCAUUGAAGCUGACCUUGGAGGUGGCAGCUUGGUUUAUCUUGUUUAUUUUCAUCCUGGAGAUCAUUCUUAUGUGGCUAUCCAGCUUUUCCCGUUUCUGGAAGAGUGCCUGGAAUGUCUUUGACUUUGUUGUUACCAUGUUGUCCUUGCUUCCUGAAGUUGUGUUGUUGGCAGGGGUAACAGGCCAACCGGUGUGGCUUCAGUUUCUGAGGAUCUGCCGGGUGCUGAGGUCACUCAAACUCUUUGCACGAUUUCGUCAAAUUCGAGUUAUUAUUUUGGCCCUGGUCAGGGCCCUCAAGAGCAUGACCUUCCUCUUGAUGCUGCUGCUCAUCUUCUUCUACAUUUUUGCUGUGGCUGGUGUCUACUUCUUUGCAGAGUACACCCGUUCACCUCGUCAGGACCUGGAAUACCAUAUGUUCUUCUCGGACCUCCUGAAUUCCCUAGUGACAGUGUUCAUUCUCUUCACCUUGGAUCACUGGUAUGCACUGCUUCAGGAUGUCUGGAAGGUGUCUGAAGUCAGUCGCAUCUUCAGCAGCAUCUAUGUCAUCCUUUGGUUGUUGCUUGGCUCCAUUAUCUUUCGAAAUAUCAUAGUAGCCAUGAUGGUUACUAACUUUCAGAAUAUCAGGAAAGAGCUGAAUGAGGAGAUGGCGCAUCGGGAGGUUCAGGUCAAAGCUGACAUGUUCAAGCGGCAGAUUAUCCAGAGGAGAAAAAACGUGUCACAUGAGGCACUGAAGUCAACUCAUGGCAAAACAGAUGACAGUUCAAGAGGAGCUAUUCAACAAAAGGAAAGUUCGGACUUAUCAGAAGUUUCCGAAGUAGAGUCUGUUUAUGAGGCCACUGAAGCGGAUGUAGUAACAUCUGCUUCAAAACCUGAAGAGACCUUGUCAGAAAAGAAAGAGUACCAGUCUUCCUCCAGUGUUUUCUCCACAUCCUCCUCCAGUACUUCCUCUUCUGAAUCCAGAUUUUCUGAAUCUGUUGGUCAUUUGGACUGGGAGACUCUUGUGCACGAGAAUCUGCCCGGACUAAUGGAAAUGGAUCAGGAUGACCGUGUUUGGCCCAGAGACUCACUCUUCCGAUAUUUUGAGUUGCUAGAAAAGCUUCAGUAUAACCUAGAGGAGCGUAAGAAAUUACAAGAAUUUGCAGUACAGGCACUGAUGAACUUGGAAGACAAAUAAAGGGAUGGAUGGCUUCAAUAUCCUUGGGCCCAGCAAAAGAUAAGAGAAUUGUUGGAAAUAGAGAUUUCAAAAUAUAAAUGCCUGUUCAGAUGGAACAAUGUCUGUUUAUUAAAAUUAAAAAGUAUAAGUGUC